AUGUAUCAGCAACAGUCGGUGGGUCGGCCAGCGUCCAAGAGUGCCGUUCUUCUCGUCAAGGAUGAAAAUGAUUCCUCCUGGCGCGAGUGUCGCAGACCGACGACGGCGAACGUGCUCCGUUCGCGUGAAUGUGUUGCGCCGGGAAGCGAAGUAGAAAAGACGGAUCGUGCCGCAAGUUCAAAAGACGCUUGCGAGGACAAGCUUUGGAGUAAAGAUGAGGAAAGAGAGGAUGAUGCGAUACUCCCCGGCACGAAUGGCCCAACUUCACCGUCAGUUGUUCUAGGGAGGGGGAAAGAGGAUCGUAUGAUUGCGCGAUGCAGUCCUCGAAUGCGUUCGGAAGGUUUACGAACAACGGGUAGCGUGACCAGUGGAUGA